AUGGUUCCCGCUGGUAAAAUGAGUGAAGCGAAAUUAACUGGUGAAGUUAGUAAAAUCGAUAAAAGUAUCGAUCGUGUUCGCACCUGUCCAUUAUUAUUAAGAGUAUUUUGUAGCAAUCAUAGACAUCAUAUGUCAAGUGAAUAUGAACAAGGUAAUACACCUGAGAAUGAGCUUCAAAUAUACACAUGGAUGGAUGCCACGUUAUCUGAAUUGACAUCAUUAAUUAAAGAAGUCAAUCCCGAUGCUCGUCGUAAAGGUACACAAUUUUCAUUUUCAAUCGUUUAUCCAGAAGAACAUUAUCAACGUUAUCGAAUACAAGAAAUUGGCGUUACCGAACAAGGUGUUAAACGGUCAGAUGAUAAUAUUCCGUUGUCAGCUAAACGCUUUACUGUUGGAGAUUAUUUAGAUGUUGCUAUCAUUCAUGGUGGAAAUGAUCGAAGAAUGAAUAACAACAAUAACUCUCGAGAUGAAACAAAUAAUCGUGAUGGAAUGGGGCGUGGCGGUGGAUAUCGCGGUGGAAGAAGUGGACGUGGGGGUAUGAAUGAUCGGGAUCGAGGAGAUCGUACGGAUCGAGAUCGUGAUAAUAACAGCAGUACUAAUAAUAAUGAUCGAUCUGAUCGUCAACGCGAUAGAGGCGGUGAACGAACUGGCAGCGGACCGAUCAUGAGACAACCUAGAGAUCAUCGAGAUCGACCGUAUUAG